AUGACCGACUGGGAAGAAUUCGAAGCAAGGGCCAGGAGAGCAAUCCCCGCACAGUAUCUGAAACCGAAGCGUUGCUGGAUAGGCGUGCUGAGCCAUGAGAAAGCGCCAGAAGAUGUGUUCGACGAGCUAGAUUUUGUGUGGAUGGUCGGACACGCGAAAAUCCCCAUGCAGAAGAUCCAUGAUACUUACCAGAAGCGAUAUGAGGAUGUGGACUUCCACAUUAGAUUUAAGGACGACCUUGUCGAAAUGGACGAUACAAUCAAAUCCUUUCUCAAGCCAAAUGGCGACCUGGUUCUUUUCUUAGCCCGUCGGACAGACGAACUUCUCCUUGAUGCUCAGCCUACACCUCAGCGUCCUUAUGGAAAUGCUGAGGCAUCACUUGCCCGCGAGAUUCGUCCAACAACACCCACUCGCAGUGUUCCUCCAACAACGCCUAUUGCCACUAGUCAUAUCUCCCCACGCCAUGAUGAUGCGGCUGAUACUAUGCCUGGAAAGCUGUUGGCCCCACAGGAAAGCGGCGUUGUAAAGGAUAAGGAAGUUCCGGAUCCUGUUCAUCACCACAUGGAAGAAGAGACGCAGGUACUCUUCAACCCAGAAGGAUAUUUUAAUCGAGAACCAUCACCUGAGCAAGCGAGUCAAGAAGAUGCCAAGCCCACGGAUCGAGCUAUCCGAGAGAUCAUUGCCCAACAAGACCCGGACCUGCUUGAAGCAGGCGUUACGCAAUCGCUAAAGGUUCUGCAGCGCUUGAAGUCAAGCUUUUCCGAGUAUCCCGAAAUUGCAGAUGCGCAAGCAUGGAUCGAGGCAAUCGACAAGUUGGUGCCCCAGGCGGUCAGGAAACGCACCAUCGUUGGUGUCGUGGGCAACACGGGAGCUGGCAAAUCGAGUGUCAUCAACGCCAUGCUAGAUGAAGAGCGCCUUGUCCCAACAAACUGCAUGAGAGCCUGUACUGCAGUUGUAACUGAGAUGAGCUAUAACACGAGCGACGAGCCCUCCAGCAGAUACCGCGCUGAAAUCGAAUUCAUAACGCGCGACGAUUGGGAGAAGGAAGUUGCAACACUCAUGAAGGAGUUCAUGACCGAAAAUGGCGCGGUAUCGAGAGAUGUAGCAGAUGAGAACAGUGACGCUGGAAUAGCAUGGGCAAAGUUUCACAGCGUCUACCCCAAGAGGACAAGAGACAGCCUCAACGAAUGUACGGUCGAGAGUCUCAUGUCCGAGAGAUCAGUGCUUGCAAUCCUUGGAACCACAAAUAAAAUCAACAGCGCCUGUCCGAAUUCGUUCUACCAACAACUGCAGAGGUACGUCGACAGCAAGGAGAAAGUCACCAAGAAGGGCAAAACGAAGGGCAGCGACAAGCCCAAGAAGAGUUUCGAGAUGGAGUACUGGCCUUUAGUCAAGGUGGUCAAGAUCUAUGUCAAGGCGCCCGCCCUCUCCACCGGCGCCGUCAUUGUCGAUCUACCAGGAGUACAUGAUUCCAAUCCAGCUCGUGCCGCAGUUGCUCAAGGUUACAUGAAGCAAUGCACCGGACUGUGGAUCGUCGCACCGAUCAACCGCGCAGUAGACGACAAGGCCGCAAAGACUCUACUUGGCGAAUCAUUCAAACGGCAAUUGAAAUACGACGGUGGCCUCUCUAGCGUCACAUUCAUCUGCUCGAAGACCGACGACAUAUCUAUCACAGAAGCAGUCGACUCACUAGAACUGGAAGAUGAAGUGGAGGAACUUUACAACCAGCAGCGUAAUCUGGAGAAGGACAUUGAGCGGGUUAAAGAAGAUAUAGACGAGCUGCAAGAGUCGCGGGACGUGUAUCAGGUCGCUCAAAAAGAGACUAGCAACGAUAUCGAGACUUGGGAAGAGCUCCAGGAGGCUUUGGACGAAGGAAAGACUGUAUACGCGCCCCAGCCCAAGAAGAACAAGAAGCGGAAGAAGCAACCCCAACAGAAAGAUGCUCGCAAAAAACGACACACAGAGCUUAACGAUUCACAAGAAGAUUUCGUUGUCUCUGAUGAGGACAGUGCCCAAUCUGAAAGUGAGGGUGCUUCCUCGGAUGAUGAGGAUAUCCGGGCACCUCAAAAUUCUCUCACUGAAGAAGAGAUUAAGGCCAAACUUAAGGAACUACGAGAAGCGAAAAAAGCAGCUCGGCGUUCGAGCCUUGAGCUCAGUGAGAAGAUCAAAGAGCUCAGACCUAAGAUCGGCGAAUACAAAAAGAAGAUUGCGGCAAUCAAAUCCGAGAUCAGUCACAUUUGCAUCGCUGGACGUAACGACUAUUCAAAACGCGCCAUCCAGCAAGAUUUUGCUGCUGGUAUCAAAGAGCUCGACCAAGAGAACGCUGCUGAGGAAGAUGAGGACAACUUCAAUCCCGACGAAGAGCUCAGAGACUAUGAUGAGGUCGCCAAGUCCCUUCCUGUCUUCUGUGUCAGUAGCCGGGCAUACCAGCAGAUGAGCGGACGACUUCAAAAGGACGAACCAGUGCCAGGAUUCGAGACGCCUGAAGAGACCGAGAUACCUCAGCUUCAAGCGCACUGCAAAAAGCUGACUGAAGCGGGGCGUAUCCAGACAGCCAGAAUGUUUCUACUUAGUCUCUGCCAACAAUUGACGACCUUCUCACUAUGGGCGUCUGACGAUAGCACAGGUCUCAAAAUGACGGAUGACGACAAGCGCAAACAAGUCAGAUACCUGGACAAGAGACUAGGUGAGCUCGAGAAGGGUCUUGAAGAUGCUGUACGAGCGUGUUUGAACACCACGAAGCAGGAGAUGAAUGCUCAGAUCUUCGACAAAUAUCCCGAAUUGAUCAACGAGGCCAUCAUCGCUGCGCCUGAGACUGCCUCAAAAUGGGGUGCGCACAAGGCCGACGGCGGGCUGUUUUGGGGAACGUACAAAGCAGUAGUGCGUCGCGAUGGGUCGUAUCACUCAGCUACUGCUGGCCAUCGAGAUUUUAACGCUGAUCUGGUCAACCCGAUCAUCAAAAAGCUGGCUACAGGCUGGGAGCGUGCGUUUCAGAAUCGCCUACCGAAAGCCUUCGAUGCCCUAUGUCGGGAUUCUGGCAAAUUGCUACACAACUUUCACGAGGCUGUUGAAGAACGAGCACGUAGCAACGGGGUUGGAAUCGCAAGUCUCACUACUUUGAAAAUGCAGAUCUAUACCUACGAGCAGCUCUUUGUGGACCUCAACCAAGUCUUGCUCGAGAAGAUGAACGAGCUCCAGCGCGACGCAAACCGCGACUUCACGCCAACUAUUGCCAACAUCAUGCAUACUGUGUACGACAUAUGCGCCAAUGAAAGUGGCACAGGCAGCUACAAGCGUAUGAAGCAGCACAUGAGCGACUACGUAGAGCGCUGCCGUCAUCACAUGUUCAGUGAUGCCACUCUUACGGUCAAGCGCAAUCUCGACUCUAUGUGCAAGGCGCUCGAGGAUGUCAUGGAAGAGAGAGCAGACGAAAUCUAUAUCAAGAUGAAGGGCGACUACACACGAGUGCUCGGCGGAGGACAGGUGCACUUCGACCAAACGGCUGUUCUGUUCAACGCGGAGCGUGCGCUGCGCGCUGAAGUGAUGGAGGUACUCAAAACGGUCGAUGCAGAAUUCGAACCUAUUGCGCGUGGUGAAGUCGAGCAAGAGGCAGGCGCAGACGGAGCAGAACCCAGUAUGGACGAGCAUGUUAUAAUAGAUGAGGAUGAGGGCGCCUUUGAGUCAGCUCGCGAGUCGGCUUGCGAUAAUGACAACGACGACUCCGCUAUGGGUGGCAUGGAAGACACCAUGAUCUCAGAGACGACUCCAUCCAAGCAUCUCGCCCCGGAUAUGGAUGCGGACAAUACAAGCGAGAAGGAGAACAGGUCUCUCCCUACGCCUAGCGACGAAGACAUGUUCAAGGAGGAAGAGGAAGCAUAG